GUAAGUUACGGACCGCAUGCAAGUGCACAUCGAAUUUAUCGGUAGUGUUAUAUUCGUAUCACUUGCAUUUUUCCACGUUUCUAGAUUCUUCUCUGCAUAUUACCAUACUCAUUUCGAUCACGUUCCAAUCAUUGGAGAUUCAUCAAAUUUCUCCACACUGUUGUGCGGUAUUUCGUGACAUUUCGCAUAUACACUAAUACAUGUUAGAAAAAAUUGUCGAAAAAGAAAGAAGAUUCGCGUGGAGCAGACUGAAGAAUAUUCUCGAUAAAGGUUUGAUAUAAUCUCGUGUGAUUCACCAAUUCAGAAAAUUGUUUACGACAAAAAUAAAACGAAAGUCAACGUGCACCGUAACGUAUUCCAAUGGGGGGAGCUGUUGUUUCCCGUUACAUGAGGGGGAGAAGCAGAAGUAGGAGGAGGAUGGAAUGACACGCGGACACGAGAAAGACGACGAGAGAAGACAAUUGAAGUGCGCGUGUGCAAAAGUGCGCGGCACGCGGACGGAAGCUCGAUGUGCGUUGUUAUGCUUUUUGCGGAACUAUCUAGACGUGUUUACUCGUUAAUUCUCGUCGAUUCUACGAUUUAAUUUUCACAUUCCACAUGCGUAGUGUUUUCUAGUACAGUGAUACUAGAUAUCGUGUUUAGGAGUUGCUUGAACGACCGGUUAAAAAACUAUGGGAACAGCAAUGGACCAGCGAAAUAGUUCGUGACGUGUGAAAAAUAAAAGAAGGUGACAGAAACAAGGAAAAAAUAUUUAUAAACAACUUAACGAGUGCGCAACGUCUCAUUAUUUUGAAAUGUUAAUCGUGAUGUGCAUACAUGUGACAUUUAUAUGAACGAAAAAUACAUGAUGGAAUAUAUAAACAUGUCGGCUUGUCUACGCACGCGCGUGAUUGUUCUCGCGCGCGAAUGCAAUAUUAAAUUGGUACUGGACGCAUGGCACGAAAUCGUAUGCGUUCGUUUAUAAAAAGCGAGUAACACGGUAACCUUGCAAUAAAACUGUGAAGUAUAGUGGACACAGAAAAUUGUAAAUUGAGAUAAAUGUGAAAUAUAGUGUUUUUUUUACGACUAUUGUGAAUUUGUGCUUCAAAUGCCGGUUAUCUAUAUAUUGCUGUUGAUUGCUGAGAAUUUGAACAUACAACGAACAAUUUCAUAGAAGACAAUUUUAUCUGGGAUUUUAUCUGGGAUAUUGGAACGAGGAAUCGGGGGAAAGAAAACUGGUGUCGAAAAUCGAAUCUACGCCUCGACUACGUUUCGAAACACGUGUUCUCGUUUUUUACAAGCGCGUGAUAAAAGGAUUAGAGAGAGAGAGAGAAAGGACAACGAUAGAGGGACAAACAACCGUUCAAACAUUUCAUUGAGAUUGUUCUUUGUAAUUAUGAAAAGGCUGUGAAUCGAGGUUACCUAUGUAUCGCGAAGAGAACGAGCAAAACAGAGCCGCGGACUUGGCUCCCCAACAACCGAGUGGUGCAAACACGUUCGAGCGUUUGGAACAUUCUCAGGAUAGCAAAAAUGGGGACGAUGGUCCCAAGAAGGUGCAAACAGACGCUUCCUCUUCGACUAAUACUCCAAAGCCGCGUGCACGGAAUUGUGCACGAUGUCUGAAUCAUCGGCUGGAGAUCACCUUAAAAUCGCACAAGAGGUACUGCAAGUACCGUACUUGUACCUGCGAGAAGUGUAAGAUCACUGCCAAUCGGCAGCAAGUGAUGCGGCAGAAUAUGAAGCUGAAAAGACACCUGGCACAGGAUAAAGUCAAAGUGGAUCCGCUCCCAUUUGGCGUAGAAAAUACAAUUUCUUCGGUCCCUCAACCACCUAGAAGUCUCGAGGGUAGUUACGAUAGUAGCAGUGGCGAUUCACCAGUGAGCAGCCACAGUAGCAAUGGUAUACACACCGGAUUCGGUGGUAGUAUCAUCACUAUACCUCCUACAAGAAAAUUGCCGCCGUUGCAUCCUCACACUGCGAUGGUCACCCAUUUGCCACAGACGUUAACCAGUGAAAAUGUGGAAAUUCUAUUGGAGCACAGUAGCAAACUUGUAGAACUUUUCCAAUAUCCUUGGGAAGCACUGUUAUUGAUGUACAUCAAUUUAAAAUAUGCAGGGGCUAAUCCGGAAGAAGUAGUGAGACGUAUGGUUGAUGCUAGCAACGAAAUCCGUAACAUGCACUUCUUGAAAGCAAUCAGAAUGUCCCAACCUAGUCGUGCGUUCCGCUGCACCGCGGCAUGUGCCGCACCCACGGGGCCGCCAACGGGACCUCCGACAUACGAGGGUGAUGUGCCCUUCAUAGGGGUUGGACCACCCCCGAAUCCUAUCCAUUUCAGGCCGUUUCUUCAUCCCGAGAAUGCUCAUAUACCGGCUACCAGACUACCGUCCAGCCCAGAUGGUCCUCCUAAACAUACGUAGCCUCAAUCGAUUAUUCGACCAUUCAAUGAGGUAAAAUAUAUAGAAGAACAGGUCAAAUCCAAAGAGGAAUGAUUACAUCGAAGAAAGAAAGAAAAAGAAGAAGAGGCGGAAGGCCCGAAAAAUAAUGGGGAAGAAGUUUCGUUACGGAGCGUUCCAUUCUGAUCAUCAUUCUCUUGAAACAUCACUUCUUUCCUCGAAACUUGGGUGGCGCGAAAUUAAAAUUAAAUUUAAAAUUAAACCGUGACGUUAUAUACAUUUUUGGAAAAAGUAUUACGUUCCUCGUUUCUCUCUUGUACCGUUACUUGUGACGAUACUUUGUGACUACUAUUGUGACCAGUUUACCUUGUUAAAUCAACAAAACAAUUGAAUUGUUAGAUUCGAUUGAACGAUUAAAUUUUUCUCACUAAUGUUUCUAAAGAUGUUUCUGAGAAAAUGUUGAAAAUGUACGAUUAAGAAAGAACAUGUGUCGUUCACGGUCGAUUCACAAAGGGAUAGGGAGAUAGAUCGAUGCCCCAUCAAUGUGAAAAUAACAGUGUUGCGAUUUAAACCCGUGUUCCGAACACAAAAGGAAUCUGCCGGCUUUAAAAAAGAAACGAGAGGAAGGGAGAGAGAAAGAUACAAAGUGCAUUGUGUUCUACAGCCUUCCUUCAGUUUUGUUCCUCUUCUUCCUCUUCUUCUUCUUCUUCUUCUUCUUCUUCUUCUUUUUUUUCCUAGACUCACCAAGAGAGGAACAACAGAAACAUGAAAGUUUUUUGCGAGUGGAUCGUGGGAUACCGAGGUUCAUGGACAACAUGUACCUCGGGCAUCCCUCGUCCUUGCACGUCCUUCGGUUCGCUGAUCGAAUCUGCCACCUUCACUUGUUCCUUCUCUCCUUCUUCCUUUUUUCUUCAUCCUCUCUCGUUCCUCUUCGCGGUCUCCUCCUUUUUAUCUAUUUUCAUCCUUCAAUUUGUUCCUUUCAUUAAAUACAUUUCCUCUUUCGCUCUUCUCUUCUCUCUCUUUCCUUUUUUUUUUUUUUUUUUUAGAAUAUUCUCUUUUUCUCUCCCUUCCCCGAUUUCGCAACGCUCGUUGUUAAAGCACGAAACGAGAGAUUCAAGAUAGAACUCGUUCGUAAAGAAUACGAUAGCCGACCAGUUGUUUAAUCGCACGUGAACGAGAUCGCUCAACAAUCUUUUCGAGUAUCGUCGUGUGUUGUAAACCCGGCCGUGUAUGUAUAACCGCCGACGGCUCUUUUCGGCUGAGCUACUUUGAAAACCCUUAGUCAUGUUCAAUUUUGCUCUCGUGGUUUUUGCUCCUUUCUAAAGGAACGUGAUUCCAGUCUGUCUGCGGUGAGGAUGACAAGCGCGUCGAUGAUCACGCUUCUCUUCUUUGUUGUAUACGUGGAGGAAGCGCGAUUUCGUGGAAAUAUCCCUUAUUAUUAUUAAUUUGUAACAUGGAAUUUCGAGGCAUAAGAGAUCCUCCUCUCGAGACUAAUUUCGUAUAUACAAUUCUUGAUACCGUGCGACGAGGUUGGUUCACGCGUAUUCAGAUGAGCCACGAUCGUGGGAACGUGUAAUGCGAACAGGACACGUUAGAAGAUUGAACGUAGCGAUUCAAGGAUAAUGACGUGGAGAAAAAUGUGCGAUGAGAUCGAUCGAGAAAUUUCAUCGAAUUUCAUCAUUUAGAUGCGUGCGCUAAUUGUUGCGCUUGUGUAUAUCAUAUAUAUGUAGUGUUGUACCGUGUCUCGGAAGAAGUUGUGUGAAAGAAACGCAGUUUUUCUAUUGGUUAUAUAUCGAAUCAAUUAAAAUUGGAACUUCUAAUUGAUCAACAAGCCUCACAAGUUUCUGUAAGUAAAAUCGUCCGUCCCACGUGACUUCUUGUAAAGCAUACACUGUAGUACAUAUUAAGAUUUCAUUUUUUUUUUUUUUUUUUAUGAACGAAUUCUCUUGCCCAAUGUGUCGAAACAAUUUGUGAUUUAUUCGAUUUAUUAUUCAAAGAGCAACGAAUAUCGUCGACACAUCUUUCUACUAGUAUUGUAUUCCUGACCGAUCAGAGUAAUACAUUAUACCGAACGAGAGAAUUCGAAUAAUUAAUGGAAUCAUUUUUAGAUCUAUCGAUAUUGAACAUGAUUUGGAUUUGUUGGAAUAAACUUCGCCAGUUCCUUCGCUCGAUUCCAUAUAUACGAAUUCUUGUUGCAUUAAAUCGGGCAAGUUUUCGGACGGAUCCGCGGACGGAAACUGGUUCAAUUAACAGAACUUAUCGUUCUUGCCAAUAUGUUACGUUAUUAAAUAUUACAGAUCACACAUGUGUUGUAUCGCGAAAUAGUAGGCAACCCCCAUGUCGUUGCACCCAUAAUGCAAUUAAUUGUAUCUAUAAUAUUUACUAAACUUGUGCAAACGGGUGUCGUAAAAUACACACGUGCAGUUCUGCAAAAAGAUCUUAAUUGCGGAACGCAAUUAGAGAAACGUUUGUUUAGAGAACUGGCCAUUUCGUCCUCUGACAAAUUAAUUUUCAAAUAAGAAUACCAAGGUUUGUAUCUUUACGCUAUUUCUAUUCUAACUUUAUUCUCUUCUGUUGCCUGAUUUUUGUCUCCCCUUCAUUCUCUCCCAAUCUUCGCCUCUUCUUUUCUCGUCCGCUUUGCUUCUUUCCCCCUUUUUUCUUUUCCUUUUUCUUUUUUUUUUUUUUUAAUCGUAUGAACACCUUCCAAGCACCUUCCAACCAAUAUCGAAACACGAUUGAUUGUUACCUAAGAUAUUCUUGUAACGAGCAUGCAACCACUAGUGUGCAACCAUCAGCCUGCAUUUCAUUUGCACGCCAUUGGCUGCCCCUUCAUUGUAUCCACAAAAACAGACCAAUUUGGUUACGCGAAGAAAAUUGCACUCUUCUUGUUCGUGAUUAUUGAGAAAACGGAAGUUAAUCUUCGGUAUAUUUUGACCAAACGAAAUAGCUGUAUACCGUGCGCGAAUGCAGGGAAUGAUGAGGCGAUUAAUGAUCGCGAUUGCGAGAAUCGAUACGCGAUACGCGUGCAUCUACGUGUAAAAUUAUGCCACGAACCAAUCAAGAAAGUUGUUUCGUGACUGUUCUAAGGGAAAUGACACGCAUGGUGUACGCUCGAGGUUAAGAGAACAGAAUCCCGCCUUCUCAUGCGAGUAAUUUAUGGGUAGAGCGAUUCGUUGCUCAAAUGAUAUGGCGGAUCGAAUGGAAACCGAUAAAGAUAUUCGAGAAAUGUCUUUAUUCGAUUAUUUUUUUUUCUUUUUUAUGCAAAAAUUAAUACUAGGGAUGAGAUACUCGAGCCCCCAAACUUCGAAGCCUCGAAAUUUUUUUAUUAUAAAACUUUUUGUGACUCGAAACUCAGAUAUGGAAUAAUUCGCAUAAUGAUGAAACUUAACUGAUGAAAAUUUGUAUAAAGAAAAUUUAACUUUUUACGAAACCAAUGAAAUAUAAUCGCAAUUGUUGGCCGUUGACUGAUUAUAAAUCUGAGUUUCGAGGAUUAUAGAAAUCAAAAUUUGUUGUGAUUUUAAUUUUUGACGAAAAGGGGAAAAAGAAGACGUGUAAAUAUUCAAAUGGAAAUCGGGUUUGGAAGAUUCCAUCUCCAAUUAAUGAAUGUAUGAAAAAAAUUACUGGCGUGCGCAAAAUGCAAUAGAAGAAUUGUGCGAUCGAUUUGUAAGGCGUCGGUAUUAUUAUUCGUUUUUUUUUUUUUAAAUUGCUUGUUGGUAAUUAUAAUAUUUUCAGAAUAAUUAUUCUAAUGUAAAAAGAAUUCUGUGUGAUAGGAUGAUUAUUAAACAGAGCACUGUUUGGAAGGUCGAGUACAGAGAUUCCUUCAAUAAAUCUUAUGUGAUUCUGAA